AUGGAAAAGGACAAAUCUGUGGGUCUUGGCGGUGGUUUACCACCUCCAUCAGGACGUUUUUCAGGUUACUCGUCUACUGGAAGUGGUUUCAAUGUGAAAUCUGAACCUUCGUCGUCGUUUCCGCCGCUUGCUCCUGCAACUAGUUCAGAUUCUAGUGGUUUUAGUCAUGAUAUUAGCAAAAUGUCUGUUAAUCCCCCGAGGAAUAGAGGUCAUAGGCGUGCUCAUUCUGAGAUUCUUACGUUGCCGGAUGAUAUUAGCUUUGAUAGUGACCUUGGUGUAGUUGGUGGUGCUGACGGGCCAUCGUUCUCGGAUGAUACCGAGGAGGACUUGCUGUCCAUGUACCUUGAUAUGGAUAAAUUCAAUUCGUCGUCUGCAACAUCGACGUUUCAAAUGGGCGAGCAGUUUAAUGCUGGAGGGGCAUCUGGUUUGGGGCCGGUUUCGGCAGGGCAGGCUUCGGGAGCAGGUACUUCUUCUGGGGAGAAUGUUACCCUUGGUACUAAUGAAAGGCCCAGAAUUAGACACCAGCACAGCCAAUCCAUGGAUGGGUCAACAACCAUCAAACCUGAGAUGUUAGGCUCGGGUUCAGAAGACUUGUCUGCAGCUGAUUCUAAAAAAGCAAUGUCAGCGGCAAAGCUUGCAGAACUUGCCUUGAUUGACCCCAAGCGUGCAAAAAGGAUAUGGGCAAAUAGGCAAUCUGCUGCGAGGUCAAAAGAGAGGAAGAUGCGAUACAUUGCUGAGCUUGAAAGGAAAGUGCAGACACUGCAAACAGAAGCAACAUCUUUGUCUGCACAAUUAACUCUCUUGCAGAGAGAUACAAACGGACUGAAUUCUGAGAACAGUGAGCUGAAGCUGCGGUUGCAAACCAUGGAACAACAGGUUCACUUGCAGGAUGCUUUAAAUGAUGCAUUAAAAGAGGAAAUUCAGCAUUUGAAAGUACUGACUGGGCAAGCUAUACCACCAAAUGGAGGACCUAUGAUGAACUUUGCUUCUUUUGGAGGGGGACAGCAGUUCUAUCCAAAUAAUAAUAAUAAUAAUCAUGCCAUGCACACUCUUUUAGCUGCACAACAGUUUCAACAGCUCCAAAUUCAUCCUCAGAAGCAGCAGCAUCAAUUUCAGCAUCAAUUUCAGCAACAUCAGCAACAUAUACAGCAGCAACAAAUGCAGCUGCACCAGCAGCAGGAACAACAUCAGCAGCAACAGCAAUCAGGUGACUUGAAAAUGAGAGCAACUACAUCCCCAUCCCCCAAAGAUAAUGCUUCAUCAGAUGAAAAUCCUUCGGCUUCCAAGGAUUGUUGA